CUUAAAGCGCGCUUCAUUCAUACUUUAAACAUGCGACUUUUAAAUUGUUUUUGUGUGCCUGUGAUAAUAGUGAUUUUUUCAAUUUGCCAGGUUAAAGGCAGACCCAACUUCGAGUCAAAAGAUGACCAUCUGAUGCAUUUUAUCCCAAAAAGCCACAUCAGAAAAAGAUCCAUAGAAAAUGAAACGCCAGUAGAAAAAACUACCGAUUAUUGGAGAACGAAUGGACAAUUGGCAGUAAACGAGAGAAUUACAAGAAAACCUAAUAAAAACAUAGCCAAAAAUGUCAUCCUAUUCCUUGGCGAUGGAAUGUCGAUACCUACCAUCAGUGCUGCCAGAAUGUACAUGGGAAAUGAAAAUAAAAAAUUACCAUUCGAUGAAUUCCCCCAUACAGGCCUUUCCAUGACUUAUUGUGUGGACUCGCAAGUGGCCGAUUCCGCCUGUUCGGCCACAGCCUAUUUGGGAGGAGUAAAGGCCAACAUAGGCACUUUGGGAGUAAACGCUAAAGUCAAAAAGGGGGACUGUCUAGGAAUGACAAACUCCAGCAACUUUGUGGACUCCAUAGCACAGUGGUCGCAAAAAAAAGGCAAGAAAACUGGACUAGUCACCACUGCCAGGGUCACCCAUGCUUCCCCAGCAGGUUUAUAUGCCCAUUCGUCUCACAGAGAUUGGGAGGCAGAUUCCAAUGUAUACGAAUCCGAAGAAGAUCCAAAUAUUUGUCACGACAUAGCAUAUCAGUUGGUGAACAAUGCUCCAGGUAACAAUUUAAAUGUUAUCUUGGGUGGAGGACGCGCCCAAUUCUUGCCCAACAAGACCAUAGAUGAGGAGGGAGUUAACGGGAAUAGAACUGACGGGGUGAAUUUGAUACAGCAGUGGUUGGGUGAUAAAGUUAUGGUAGGAGACAAGGCGCAAUAUGUGUGGAACAAGCAACAACUACAAGGGAUCGUGCCGGAUACCGACUACGUUUUAGGGUUAUUCUCCGAUGAUCACAUGCCUUUCAAUCUGGAAAGAAACGCCACUCUAACCCCGUCGCUGGAAGAAAUGACCGAAACCGCCAUACGACUCUUGGACAACACUGAAGAGGGGUACUUUCUUUUCGUAGAAGGCGCGAGGAUAGACAUGGGGCACCACCAAACGCAAGCUAGGAAGGCCCUGGACGAAACGGCUGAGUUUGCGAAAGCUAUCAAGAAAGCCAUGGAUCUAACGGAUGUAGAAGACACUCUCAUUGUGGUGACGUCCGAUCAUGCUCACACUAUGUCGUUUAGCGGGUACCCCGCAAGAGGUAACGACAUUUUGGGUUAUGCUGGGCAGGAUAUGGACGGUUACCUAUACACCACGCUCAACUAUGCUAAUGGUUUGGGGUACAACAUCAUGGAUGAUUCCGGAAAUAGACAUGACUUCGCCAAAGAUGAUCUAACUGAUAUUAACUAUAGAUACCCGGUAAUCUACCCCAUGGCCUAUGAAACCCACGGAGGUGACGACGUUGGUAUAUUUGCUAGAGGCCCAUGGUCCCAUCUCUUCACUGGAGUGAUGGAGGAAAAUGUAAUACCCCAUCUAAUGGCUUUUGCGUCCUGCGUCAGCAAUGGUAUUACAGCUUGUGAUAGCUUAAAAGAAGCACAUUAAUGCGCCAUUUAUAUUUAUAUAUAAAUAUAGGGUGUCACCAAAUAGAUUGUCAAAUGAUAGAAGAAAAACUUUCUUAAUUUGAUUUGUACUAUCAUCAUGACAAUUUAUUAGGUGGCCCUGUAUAUAUAUAUAUAUGGGUGAUUCUACAAAAGUUGGGCAACUUUUGACUUCAUUUUGUUUGAAUAGUUUUCGGAGAAAAUUAAACAGUAUUUUGUUAUGAGAACAUAGAUAAUAUAAUAAAUAUACUGUUCCAGACCGGGCCAGUAACUUUUUCAAACAGUUUCUGAAAUAUCUGUGUUUUCUAAAUUUGAAUGCAAGGGAAGUGACGAGUAUACCAGGGUACUAAUUAAAUACAUAUUUUAUUGGAAAAUAUAAGAUUUAUUGCAAAUAAAUACAUUAAAUAUCUUAAAAUCAAAUAACACCACACAUCAGUGGCGGCUGGUGGAUUUUGGGUAUACCGAUAUCUCAAUUAUUAGAUAUGGGACCCACACCAAAUUUAUAUGAGUUUAUAAUGACACUAAAUAAACAAGAUCUGCGCAAGCAGAAUUUAAAUUAAAGUUUGCGAAAAAAAGAUAACCGAAACAUCGAACAUGGAACUGACGACACGGUACUGAUGAAUGGGAUACAAAUUUGAGAUUAUAAUUCGGAAUUAAGUAUUUUACUGAUAUUUUUUAUUAGUGGAUGCUACUUAUCAACCAAUCACAUGUAGCCUUAUAUAAAUUACAAUGAAAUAUAUAUAUAUAUACUACUAUACAGUACUGAAAUUUUGACUGGAACUAUACGUGCAUUCACCACAACUUCGCCGCUUGCAUUGUUUUCAAGAUGACUGUCGUGCAAAGGGCGGGCUCUGUAGGUAAUUUUUUACCAACACUUGAGUUAAAACGAGGACUUGACGUUUAAACUUCAAUAUUUCGCAGGAAUUUUGAAUUUUAACAUUGGACAUAGAACUGACGG